UCUCUCUCUCUCUCUCUCUCUCUCUCUCUUAGGGUUUCGAUCUCUCUCUCUCUCCUCCAUUAGAGAUCUCGAUGAAGGCCCUCUUCCACUCGAGGAGCGGGAGGGCUGCGGAAACCCUAACCCCUUCCUCCCAGAAGCAGCGCCCGCCGCGGGUCCCGAAGGAGAACGUCGAUCCCAGCCCCGCGGCGGCAGCGGUGCCGCCGCCGGAGUCGUCGCCGUUCCGGUCGCCGUCGUCGGGUGGCGCGAAGCCUCUCGCGCCGAAGAACCGGAGCCCGCUCCCGCCGCGGCCGCCGCAGGGGUCUUCGAACCCUCUCAAGAGGAAGCUGAGCUUGGAAACCCUACCGGAGAAUGGUGCUCCUCCCGCAUCGGCUUCAGAAUCUGGUGUCCAGGUUAUUGUUCGGAUUAGGCCUCCGAACGGAGAAGAAGAAGAAAGCGACCUCAUUGUGCAGAAGACCUCGCCGAACUCCGUCUCGAUUCUUGAUCACACCUUUACUUUCGAUUCAGUCGCUGAUGUCGGAUCCACGCAGGAGGCUUUAUUCCAGCUUGUCGGGAUUCCGUUAGUAGAGAAUUGCCUUGCUGGGUUCAACAGUUCUAUCUUUGCAUAUGGGCAGACCGGCAGCGGGAAAACUUAUACGAUGUGGGGACCGCCGAGUGCUUUGUCCGAAGGCAGCUCAUUAAGCAGCGAGCGAGGAUUAACUCCCCGCGUGUUUGAGCUGCUGUUUUCUCGGAUCGCGGAAGAGCAAGCUAAGCAUUCAGACAGGCAAUUGAUUUAUCAUUGCUGCUGUUCUUUUCUGGAGAUUUAUAAUGAGCAAAUAACGGACUUGUUGGAUCCAACACAAAGGAACCUUCAGAUCAGGGAAGAUACUAAAGUUGGUGUCUAUGUCGAUAAUUUGACAGAGGAGAAUGUGUGCACCAUGAAGGAUGUAACUCAGUUGUUAAUAAAGGGAUUGGCAAAUAGACGAACAGGCGCAACAAGUGUAAAUGUAGAGAGUUCCCGUUCACAUUGCGUUUUCACUUGCAUAGUCAAAUGCCAAUCCAAGAACACAGCAGAUGGUUUCAACAGCUUAAGAAUUAGCAGAAUCAAUUUGGUUGAUCUUGCUGGAUCGGAGAGGCAAAAGCUUACAGAUGCAGCUGGAGAGCGUUUGAGGGAAGCAGGAAAUAUAAAUCGUUCACUUUCACAACUUGGGAACUUAAUUAAUAUCCUCGCUGAAGUUUCACAGUCCGGCAAGCAUAGGCAUAUUCCUUACCGUGAUUCCAAACUGACCUUUUUACUGCAGGAAUCUCUUGGUGGUAAUGCGAAGCUGGCAAUGAUAUGUGCCAUUUCACCGUCUCAAAGCUGUAAGAGCGAAUCCUUCAGUACUCUUAGAUUUGCGCAGCGUGCAAAGGCCAUAAAAAAUAAAGCAGUUGUGAAUGAAAUUACACAGGAUGAUGUAAAUGUCUUGCGUGAGCAGAUCCGACAAUUAAAGGACGAACUUCUAAGAAUGAAGUCCAAUGGGGCUGUGGCCGCAGAAAAUGGAAGUUAUUCGACAGGAUGGAACGCAAGGAGGAGUUUAAAUCUUUUGAGAAUGAGUUUAUGUCGUGCUACGGGAUUACCCCCUUCAAAUAAAGAUGAUAGUGAUGAAGAGAUGGAAAUUGAUGAGAACGAUGUUGAGAAGCCUUUUCUUCAAUUAAGUGUACAACCAUCUUGUAGUGAAGAAGAAGUACCUUCAAAAUCAGAGAACUUGGGGGAAGGAAAAUCCUCUCCCACCUGUAAGGGAGCGGUUGGUGAUUCUGAAUUAGAGGGUACGACUGAAGCCUUGCGAAGGUCUGCUCAGAAUGAGCAUGAAUUGACCGAUGAGGAGAAAGUUCCUGAAGUUGGCCUAUUUUUGGAAGGAAAGGGUUGUGAAUUCCAGGACAUGGUGUUGGGGGGAGAUUGUACUCAUGAUAUGGUUGCAGACUUGUGUACUGAAUCUUCUCACUCUUCAAGUUCCAUCACAGCACCAUCUUCUAACCUUAGUAUUGUGCCGUGCCAGAUGUCACCGGUUCUUCAGCCGCCUACAUUGAGCAUCUCACCUGUUUUGGAGAAUUAUAGUAGGAAGAGUCUGAAUACUUCGUCUGCAAUAUCUGCAUCCCAGAAUAAGAUACCAGAAAUUGCAAAUUUUCCAAAUAAUUCUCCAAUCAGAAAAAGUAAGAAGUUUCGCUCCUCAACCGAACACCUUGCCGCUAGUCUUCGCCGUGGCCUUGAAGCUAUUGAGCUUCACCAAAGUAGUUCGGUUUUAAGGAGGUCGUCAUUCAAGUUUCCUGUUCAGUCGGUACAGAAGGUUGAUGUUGGUAUUCAAACGCUUGAUUGUGAAUUAGAAGAAUAUUUACCUGUAGCUACUUGUAGCUGUUCGAAGAAUGAAACUUCCUCAGAUGAAAAUAAAGAUAUUGGCAACAGCAUGAAUUUGCAAUUAGUUCCAGUUGAUGGACCAGUGCCAUCAGAUAAACCAAAGAAGCAACAAGUUAUUAAAGCUGUGGAGAAGGUCUUAGCCGGAGCAAUCCGACGAGAAAUGGCACUGGAAGAGCAUUGUGCAAAGCAGGCUUCUGAGAUUUCGCAACUACACCGUUUGGUCCAACAAUAUAAGCAUGAGCGGGAAUGCAAUGCGAUAAUUGCAGAGACGCGUGAGGACAAGAUUUCCCGUCUUGAGAGCCUUAUGGAUGGUAUUUUUUCGACUGAAGAGUUCAUGCAUGAAGAGUUCGUCUCUUUGACAAAUGAACACAAGCUUCUAAAAGAGAAAUAUGAGAACCAUCCCGAAGUUCUGCAACUAAAAAUUGAGCUGAAGAGUGUUCAAGAGGAGUUGGAUCGAUACAAGAACUUCUUCGAUUUGGGCGAAAAGGAUGUCCUUAUUGAGGAAAUUCAGGAUCUACGAGACCAAUUGCACUACUACAUAGAUUCCUCUUCUAUGUCAAAUCAAAAGACCAAACCGGUUCUUCAACUGACACACUUUAAUGAGCCCAUAUCAUCUCCUCUAACUACAAUACCUGAAUCGAACGAAGAGAGUAUCGAUAUUGCAAAACUCGAAGAGGAGAGACGGCAAUGGACCGAAGCAGAAAGCAGAUGGAUUACACUCACUGAAGAACUUAGAGUCGAAUUGGAAAAACAUCGGUCUCUUUAUGAAAAAUGUAGGCUUGAACUCGAUUCUGAAAAGAAAUGCUCGGAGGAGUUAAAAGAGGCACUGCAAACAGCCAUGCAGGGCCACGCACGGAUUUUGGAGCAGUACGCGGAUCUUCAGGAGAAUCAUAUGGAUUUGCUUUAUAGGCAUAGAAAGAUAAGCGACGGUAUUGAGGAUGUGAAACGAGCGGCGGCGAAAGCCGGCGUUAAGGGGGCGGAAUCUAGGUUCAUUAAUUCUCUUGCUGCUGAGAUUUCUGUACUGAGGGCCGAGAGGGAGAAGGAGAGGAGGUAUUGGAGGGAUGAGAAUAAAGGGCUUCAGGCGCAGCUUCGGGAUACUGCUGAAGCUGUUCAGGCCGCCGGGGAGUUGCUCGUGCGGUUGAAAGAAGCAGAAGAAGCAGCUGCAGUUGCUCAGAAGCGAGCAAUGUUAGCAGAACAAGAGACCAAGAAGGCGCGUGAAGAGAUCGAUAACUUGAAGACGAACUACGACAGAGAGAUCGCCUUGCUGAAUCAGUUCCUCGCCGAGUCGCGAUUGCCCCGCGAUGCUUUAAGACCUACUGAAGCCAAUGAUACUAACGCAGCCAAAUACGACGAAGGCGGCAGUCUCACCGACCAGCGGUGGAGAGAGGAGUUCGAGCCGUUCUACCAAGGAAUGGGCAACAACGCCUUCUCCAAUGGCUCGGAUCCGAAAUCCUGGUUCUCCGGUUAUGACCGAUGCAACAUCUGAAGCAAUGUUUCUUUUAUUGUGGCAAAAGAGAUGAAUGUAUUGUACACUCUGUUCUUUUGGUAAAAAAAAAAAUCAUCUGUUGUAGAUUGGACAUAACUGUAUCUUCAGCUUCUCACUGUCUAUGAGAAGCAAUGUUUGUUUAGAUUCUCAGUAUAUUGCAUUUAAGCCCUGUAAAAUCUGGAAUCAUGUGGGCUAUUUUUCUUGUAAACAACCCGUAAAGUAAUAUAUUUUUUUCUCUUUUUUUU